AUGAUCAGCAGUAAUUCGUCAUCAACGAGUUUGAAUGUGGAGACGGACUACCCCACCAACGGAAAAAAGCCACUGAAAGAGGGAUCCGUACAAUUGACAUCGCUCUCUACUCUCCUUUCUCAUCAUCGUUACUUUUUCCUUUAUCAUGAAACAUUGAUAAUUUCCAAGCAAAAAGGUGCUUGCUCUUACAAACUAAAAGAAAAACUUCGCCUGGAAAAAGUCUGGAUUGCCUCUUCAAACACCGCCGACUCCUUCCUCAUCGGAUGGCCGUUUACCAACUAUUUGGUGCAUUUCAGGAACACUGAAGAAAAAGACGAAUGGUUUGAGCUCCUUUCCUGUUGUGUUCAGCAAUGCCUUCGGCCACUUUUCACGACCAUUUCUAUGGAUAUCAAUGUUCGGGGACGGAAGCAGACUAUCCGAAGACGUGUGGAUAAUGGAAAGAAGUCUGGGGAGAUUGUUGUGGAUACCGCUGGAGAUCUCGGACUCCCCCAUACUUCGUAUCAGUUGACGCUUUCUGUUGGUGACAACUCUCACCGACAACUACAAGGUCCUGAGAAUGUGUACGUGGCAAUUAUGAGUGAGAUCGAGAGGCAGCGGACGAGACUUUCUGAGAGCCAGAAACAAUCUCUUGACACGUGUCCCAUUGCGAAUUGUCGGCUGGUUUUGUCAACGAUCAAGUCGACGUCAGGACCAUCAGCCAAGCAGAUUGUUAAUAGUAUAAAAAAAAAAGUUCUAACACGAACGGAUUCUCGCUCAAUCUUCGGAAAAGAUCUCAACGGUCCAACACCUCCCCAGCCAAUUAUGACAAUUGUGGACCAUUUGCGAAUGGAUGGAUUCGACGCCGAAGGAAUUUUUAGAAAAUCUCCCAAACAGAGCACAUUCAAAGAGCUGAAAAGCGAGUUGGACAAGGGUGUAGUCCCAGAUUUCCAUAAAUACAACACCCAUGUUUUGGCAUCAAUUCUCAAGGAGUAUUUGAGAAGCAUUCCUGGCAAAAUUCUCUUAUCUGGAAAUUACGAGCUCUGGAUGCGAGAGAUUUCAGAUGAACAGGAUUUUGACAAGAAGAUCAAUUCGUGUAGAGCACUUCUCUCACAUUUACCCACAUCUCAUAGUAUUCUACUAGCGAAUGUGUUGAAAUUGCUCAAUAAGAUUUCAAAUUCUCCGACAUCAAAAAUGAAUGCGUCAUCGUUGUCAGUGUGUUUGGCUCCUAGCUUCCUUGAGAGCCCGGAUCCGAUGGAAGGAGGAAAAAAGAUUCCGCUACUUGUCGAGUUUUUGAUAUCCAAUGCGGCUCAAGUGAUGCCUGGCUUCUCCACUGAUAACGUUUUCGCUAUCAUGUCCUCUCCGAUGGUAGAUCAUAAUGCGAAUAUGGUGUGCUCACCAGCGCCAAGUUCAUCGCAUUCUGAUGAUGGUGGAUCAUCACAGAAGACACCAAUUAUUGAGGAGUUGAAUGACCCCGACGACGCCACAUCACAAUCCUCCCUUGCCGAUUCCGACCUUCCUGAUGAGCCACGUGGCCCAUCUGCUCAUCUGGAGACCAUUUCUGAGAUUUCCGAACCACCGAUUCACGACGAACGUCUUCUAUUCUCGUCUUCUGAAUCUGAAGACGAAGAAGACGAAAUGGAUGAGUUGAGGAGCUAUCGACCCCAAAGAUCCAUAUCAUCCACGUCGACGGCUUCUGGUUUCACAAGAGCGUCGUUCGUUUCGGAGACUCUGAAGACGUCAUCAGAUGAUGUGGACAAGGGGCUGAAUAAGGAGACGCCCAGGUCACCGUGUCUCAAGAGAAUCCAUUUUCAGAGGACCGAAGCGCAGCAUAGAAACAAAGAGGGUACGAUAAAACUCGACUUUGAAGCUAUGAAAUUCCACCAUCAGACGCGUCCAAGUGCUCGAAAGAGCUCCCUAGAAGAAGUUGCACGGAAGAACUCUGCAGAAUUUCUUUCCUAUCAUCAGAGUCGAGAACCAAGUGACACUGUUACUCCGACGCCUCCAAAGAACCCGCCAAUCGAAAGGAAUCAAGAGAAGAAGCAACACAAACUGCCGAUUGUGGACUUCCAAAUAUUUCUGGAGAUUCGAGAUUUCCGGCUUUUAAGAGCAACGCCAACCAACAAAACGUCUUCUUCCUCGUCUUCUUCUUCAACAUCAUCCUCAUCUUCAAUUCCAUCGGAUCCCCAUCCACGUCCCUAUUUUCUAAAAGAAGAAUAUCAAAUGAGCAAUCCUCCCCCCUCAAAACCUACAGUCCAAGUGGCACCAUUCACCCAAGAACCCAGUUUAAAAACCAUCAAUGAUCGUCUGAAUGCUCUUCGUCAGAAUUCAAUAAUUCUGACAAAUUCUGAAGUACCUCCAGAGCCAACGUCGAGAUUUAGAAAUUCGGAAGUCGUGACGAAAAGUUUGACAAAUAGUCCGCUAAUGCCACGUAGCAAUGGAGGAUCUAUGGUACAGAGGGAUCGAGAAGAGCAUAGUUUUGUGCCGGAUGAUUUCUACAAAGCCCCUGUCAAAAGGCCAGAGCUCCAGAGAUCUUCAUCGCAGAGAGGACUGACACAGAAUGGAAAUAACAAUAAAACGUGUGCAAAGCAGAUUUACGCGUCCCGCCCAUCAUCUGUCAAAACCCCUCGUCGUUUCGCUUCCGGAGGUGGUCUGGAAUCCUGCGUCGGGAUGGAUCCUCUAGAAAUUAAUUGGAGUGUUAGCCAAUUAAAAACUCUAUUCCAAGACAACACAAAAGCCCCCGCAAUCGACACCGCCUACAAUAUGUGA